UCCAAACCCUAAACCUGGCUGGUGCUUCUGCUUCUCUCGCGCAGGGUUUCGCCAAGAUUUAACAACUAGGGUUUCUUCUCUUUCGCCACUCAUGGCUCCUAAAGCUGAUAGUUCGAAGAAGGCUGAUCCAAAGGCACAGGCCUUGAAAACUGCCAAGGCAGUUAAGUCAGGUGCUACCUUUAAGAAGAAGGCAAAGAAGAUCCGAACAACUGUUACCUUCCACAGGCCAAAGACAUUGAAGAAGGAUAGGAACCCCAAAUACCCACGCAUUAGUGCUCCACCUAGGAAUAAGCUUGACCACUAUCAGAUUUUGAAAUAUCCUCUCACAACUGAGUCUGCUAUGAAGAAGAUUGAAGACAACAACACUUUGGUUUUCAUUGUCGACUUAAGAGCCGACAAGAAGAAGAUCAAGGAUGCAGUGAAGAAGAUGUAUGAUAUUCAGGCCAAGAAAGUAAACACCUUGAUCAGGCCUGAUGGAACCAAGAAGGCUUAUGUCAGGUUGACGCCUGAUUAUGACGCCCUGGAUGUGGCCAACAAGAUUGGAAUUAUCUAAACUGAUACAUGGUCUCACCAAAGGUUGAUUUCUGUUUAGAUUUUAUUUUGUUGAUCAUUGAGGGAGACAUUUGAAGGUUAAGUUCUAAAUUUUUGCGGAUUGUUAUCUGGUGUAUUUUAGUUCAAUUGGAAUUAAAUUUACUUUUGUUACAAUUUACAAUUUGAUGAGUAAAUGAGUCGUUAGCAUUGUCCAAUCUAA